CCGAUUAUGUAAAAAUCACCUUCUCUUUUUUAAACCACAUCCUACCAAAAACAGCUUUACCAACAGCAAAAAGGGUUUGGAGAAAGUAAAGGAUAAGGGGGAGAAGUUAAAAAAGGUUAACACCGUUUGAUUUUUCUUUUAAAAGACACCAUCGUUUUGUUCAAUUUCACCAGUUCUCCUUUUGAAUUCUGUGAAGUACAAUCCAAUUCCAAACGCGACUUUUGGAUUAACUGUUUAAUAAUUGCUGUGAAUUAAAAAGAUCAACAUUUACAAUGAACCCUAAAUUGGUUUUGCUUAAUCUUUGUCUUUUGGCGAUUCUAAUCCCGUUGACCCAAGGAUUUCCUUACAAACACAGCCAUGAAGAGGAGGAUGACGAAGAGGAGGAAGAGGAGGACGACAAAUGGGGUAAAUUCGGUAAAUACGGUAAAUACGGUAAAAGCUAUGAGGACGAAGAAGAAGAGAAAGACGAUUAUGGAAGCAAGAAAAUGUUCUUUCCAUUCCACAAGAAGGAAGAUGAAUACACCAAGAAACCAAAAUGGUCUUCCGGUGGAUGGAGUCCAAUAAGUCCUCCAGGCCUUGAUUUGUAUGGUCAGGGAAAGUACAAUCCAAAGUAUUACAAAUCAUAUGGAAGUGAGGAAGAAGAGUAUCCUAAAAAGAAAAAGUCUUACAAGAAGAAGUCAAAGAAGGAAGAAAUCAGUAAAGAUAUUCUGAAAGAAGUUGAUAAAUAUAUUCCAGAAAUUGAUUUCGUUGAUGAGGAAAAGAAGAAAGCUUAAUUGAUUCAUUCAUUCAGUGGAAAUUCCAAGAAAUAUUCUAAACCUCUUGAACUACUCCUUCAUCUUAUUACAGAUUGUGAUUGAACCUAUUCUCAGCAAAUUUUAAUGUUUUUAUUCGUUUUCUGAUUAAGUUAACCUCACAAAAAAACACAAAAUACAAAAAAAUAAUGUGCCACAUUUUACACACUUGUACUAAUUUAAUAUGUAUUCAUCAAUAAAUAGUCUUAUUUCUUUAA